AUGGUUGCCAUUCCUGCUUAUUUGUUGGCCUCGUCAGCCGUUACUUCCCUGGGACCAUUGAUGCCUCGUGACACAGUCAUUCGAUCGCCACAGCCUGUCCCACAACCUGCACCACAGUCCACCGCCCUAUCAGAUUCAUCAUCGGACCCAUUCGCGUCCGUAUUAGGACCCCUUGUCGAAGUUAACUUUCCUGAUCCGGCGAUCAUUUACGUUGAUGGCGUCUCUUAUGCCUUUGCGACCAACAACAAAGGUGUGGGUGGUGAAAUGAUCCAUGUUCAAGUGGCUACUUCUACCGACAAUCAGACGUGGGCAAUGAUGGAUCAUUAUGACGCUUUGCCCCAAGUCGCCGCAUGGGAAACUGGUGCCCGUGUAUGGGCUCCGGAUGUUGUUCAACUUGAUGAUGGCUCAUUCGUUCUUUACUAUUCUGACGAACUAUCAUCUAGUCCUUUACAUCACUGUGUGGGUGCUGCUACCUCCAAGACCGUCCUGGGACCAUAUGUCCCCCUGGAUCAACCUUUUGCUUGCCCUGAUCCCAACGCGAAAGGCGGUGCCAUUGACCCUGAUGGAUUCCACGACUCCUCUACAAACAAGCGGUAUGUCGUGUACAAGGUCGACGGCAACUCCAUCGGGCACGGCGGUAGCUGUGGUAACACGGUGGCUCCCAUUGUCCCUACUCCUCUCGUGCUUCAAGAAGUCGGACCUGACGGUGUCUCGCUGGUCGGCGACGCUGUUCAGAUACUCGAUCGAGACGACCUUGAUGGACCUCUGAUCGAAGCUCCUUCUCUCCACCGUUCCGAUGAAGGGAUUUACUUCCUCUUCUUCAGCAGCAAUUGCUUCACAACACCAAAGUACGAUGUAUCCUAUGCCACAGCCACCAAUAUCCGGGGUCCUUAUACGAAAUCCGGCCGACCUCUUCUCGUCACUAGUGAUGCUGACUUGGUUGGUCCUGGUGGUUUGGAUAUCAUCAAGGGUGGCGGUCUCAUUGUCUUUCAUGGUCAUAUGACCGUCAACAACGAUCCCACCAUUAAGAAGCAAGCCGAAACUGUGGCCGCUUCAACGGGCCAACCGAUUUCCGAAGUCAGUCUUCCCUUAGUUCGAGGGAUGUGGUCUGGAUCUGCAACCUUUUCAGGGACAGAUGUCUUGCUUUCAUGA